AUGUGCAAGAGUCGUGCAUCCCGGAUAAGGAAAACAAAAAUGGGCCGAGAGAGGAAGAAAGCUAACAUUUUUUUCCUUUUUCUGUGUCUGCUGAAGAGUUUUUUUUUAUGGGACACGUUAAGUGGAAAACGAAUAAACUCGUUCUUGAAUGGACGUUCGAUUGGAGGUAGGAGGAAUGCGACUGUGCCUCAGGAGCUUGGAUGGAAAAGUGCAUUCAUCGGAGUGAAUCCAAAAAGGGGGGAUCAAACGGGUUCUAAGGUUGGAACCCGACGCUACACAGAUGUAAGCCGUGGCUGCACAGAUGUAAGCAUAGGAUACACUCAGAAAAAUAAAAGUAACUACAAAGUUGCUGCAGAGGAGGAGACAAAACAAAGACGAAUGACUAAUGAUAGAUUGUAUUACCAACACAGAAGUGAUGUUGUUGAUGUUGAGUCGAACAGGGACUUGUUGGAAAGAAGCAAUGGGAGAGAUUGGAACAGAAAAGGAAAAGAAUUAUCGAAAUUGAAAGAUAGAUUCACACUCAGAAUGAGUGAUGAAGAAUAUACCAUAAACUCAGAUGAUUAUACAGAAAAAGCUUGGGAUGCCAUCAGUACACUGAACAAAAUAGGAGAGAAAUAUGAAUCUGCAUAUGUAGAAGCAGAAAUGCUAUUGUUAGCAUUAUUAAAUGAUUCCCCAGAUGGUUUGGCACAAAGAAUAUUGAAAGAAAGUGGAAUCGAUACAGAUUUGUUAAUUCAAGAAAUAGAUGAAUAUUUGAAAAAGCAGCCAAAGAUGCCAAGUGGUUUUGGAGAACAGAAAAUUUUAGGAAGAACAUUACAAGCAGUGUUAAGCACGAGUAAAAGAUUAAAAAAAGAAUUUCAUGAUGAAUAUAUAUCAAUAGAACAUUUACUUUUGGGUAUAAUUUCUGAGGAUUCAAAGUUCACUAGACCUUGGUUAUUAAAAUAUAAUGUAAAUUAUGAAAAGGUUAAAAAAGCAGUUGAAAAAAUAAGAGGAAAAAAAAAAGUUACUUCUAAAACACCUGAAAUGACAUAUCAAGCUUUAGAAAAAUACAGCCGUGAUUUGACAGCUUUGGCAAGAGCAGGGAAAUUAGAUCCAGUUAUUGGAAGAGACACAGAAAUUAGAAGAGCCAUACAAAUACUUUCUAGAAGAACAAAGAAUAAUCCAAUAUUGUUAGGAGAUCCAGGGGUUGGAAAAACAGCCAUUGCUGAAGGAUUAGCUAUAAAAAUUGUGCAGGGAGAUGUACCAGAUUCUUUGAAAGGAAGAAAAUUAGUUUCAUUAGAUUUAUCAUCUCUAAUUGCUGGUGCAAAAUAUAGAGGAGAUUUUGAAGAAAGAUUAAAAUCUAUAUUAAAAGAAGUUCAAGAUGCAGAGGGUCAGGUAGUUAUGUUUAUUGAUGAAAUUCAUACAGUUGUAGGUGCUGGUGCAGUUGCUGAAGGAGCUUUAGAUGCAGGAAAUAUAUUAAAACCAAUGUUAGCAAGAGGUGAAUUAAGAUGUAUAGGUGCAACCACAGUUAGUGAAUAUAGACAAUUUAUAGAAAAGGAUAAAGCAUUAGAAAGAAGAUUUCAACAAAUCUUAGUGGAACAACCAAGUGUUGAUGAAACAAUUAGUAUAUUGAGAGGACUGAAAGAAAGGUAUGAAGUACAUCAUGGAGUACGUAUAUUAGAUUCAGCUUUAGUACAGGCAGCUUGUUUAUCAGAUAGAUAUAUCAGUUAUAGAUUUUUACCAGAUAAAGCUAUAGAUCUUAUAGAUGAAGCUGCUGCCAAUUUGAAAAUUCAGUUAUCAAGUAAGCCAAUUCAAUUAGAUAAUAUAGAAAAACAAUUGGUUCAGUUAGAAAUGGAAAAAAUAUCUAUUCUUGGUGAUAAGAACCAUGCAGGAGGGGGUGGAGCAUUAUUAUCACGCACAAAUAAUUCAUCCAACAUGGGAGGAGGAAGUGUGGACAAUGGAAAAAUCGAAUCAGGAGAAGAUCACAUAAUUGAUUACACAAAAAGUUCUAACUUUCUAAAAAAAAGAAUUAACGAAAAGGAAAUAAAUAGAUUAAAAAUGAUUGAUCAUAUAAUGAAUGAAUUGAGAAAAGAACAGAAAAGGAUCCUAGAGUCAUGGAGUUCUGAAAAAAGCUAUGUAGAUAAUAUAAGAGCCAUUAAAGAAAGAAUAGAUGUUGUAAAAAUCGAAAUUGAAAAAGCAGAAAGGUAUUUUGAUCUAAACAGAGCAGCAGAAUUAAGAUUUGAAACAUUACCUGAUCUAGAAAAACAAUUAAAAAAAGCAGAAGACAAUUAUCUAAACGAUAUACCAGAAAAAAACAGAAUGUUAAAGGAUGAAGUAACAAGUGAAGAUAUCAUGAAUAUUGUCAGUUUAUCUACAGGGAUACGACUAAAUAAAUUACUGAAAUCUGAAAAAGAAAAAAUUUUGAAUUUAGAAAAUGAACUACAUAAACAAAUUAUAGGACAAGAUGAUGCUGUGCGAAUUGUUUCUAAGGCAGUUCAACGAUCGAGAGUUGGUAUGAACAAUCCCAAAAGACCAAUUGCUUCUCUUAUGUUCUUAGGACCAACUGGAGUUGGAAAAACAGAAUUAUCUAAAGUGUUAGCAGAUGUUUUAUUUGAUACACCAGAUGCAGUAAUUCAUUUUGAUAUGUCAGAAUAUAUGGAAAAACAUUCAAUAAGUAAAUUAAUAGGUGCUGCACCUGGUUAUGUUGGAUAUGAACAAGGGGGUCUACUAACAGAUGCGGUUAGAAAAAAACCGUACUCAAUUAUCUUAUUUGAUGAAAUUGAAAAGGCACAUCCAGAUGUAUACAAUUUAUUGUUACGAGUUAUAGAUGAAGGAAAGUUAUCGGAUACAAAAGGAAAUGUUGCAAAUUUUAGAAACACCAUUAUCAUUUUCACAUCUAACUUGGGUAGCCAAAGUAUUUUAGAUCUUGCUAAUGAUCCUAAUAAAAAAGAAAAAAUUAAACAACAAGUUAUGAAAUCAGUUAGAGAAACAUUUAGACCAGAAUUUUAUAACCGAAUUGAUGAUCAUGUUAUAUUUGAUAGCUUAUCCAAAAAGGAACUAAAAGAAAUAGCCAAUAUUGAAAUUCAAAAAGUUGCUAAUAGAUUAUUUGAUAAAAAUUUUAGAAUUACAAUUGAUGAUGCUGUCUUUUCUUACAUUGUAGAUAAAGCUUAUGAUCCCUCUUUUGGUGCUAGGCCUCUAAAAAGGGUUAUACAAUCUGAAAUAGAAACAGAAAUUGCCGUUCGAAUUUUGAACGAAACGUUUGUCGAGAAUGAUACCAUUCGAGUUUCUCUCAAAGAUGGUGCAUUGCAUUUUUCCAAGGGUUAA